AUGGGAAGAUUGGGCUAUGAACCACGGAUCAACCAUUUCAGCCACCCCCACCCCUUGGAGCUCGCAUCUCUGCAACAGUCGCUCACCCCGCCGACGUGCGCCGGCUGUACCUUUCGUGCCUCCAGCUGGGCUUACUCGUGCAAGGCCUGCAACUACACCCUCCACAUCUCCUGCGCCGAGAUGCCGCAGCGCAUCCGCCACCCGGCGGACCCCCAACACAGCCUCACCCUCCUCACCGUCCCCGCCUACAAAGAGGGCUCCUUCAACUGUGACGCGUGCGGCCACGACGGCGCCGGCUUCUCGUACCACUGCGAACCAUGCGGCGUCGACCUGCACAGCUUGUGCGCCUCCAUGCCGCUCUCCGUCAGCCAUGGCGCCCACGAGCACCCCCUCAGCCUCGUCUUCUCCGUUCCUUACGAGAAUAAUGGGUUCUCGUGUGACCUGUGCGGGGGGAUGGGCUCGAACCAGUGGCUCUACCGCUGCGCCUUGUGCGAGUUUGAUGCCCACAUUGGGUGUGCGACGGCGAAGAUGUUGCAGGCUCAGCCAAGCCCGCCGCCAACGCUGCCGCGGCGACACACGGUGCCACGACCGCGAACACCGCAGCAGCAGACCCCUUACUCGGUGGGAGUGGGCAUGGGGGGAGAGGAAGGGGUAGCGGUGGUCUGA